UAAGCAUUCCACAGGGCAUUAAAGCUUCUUAAGCAUUCAAUCUAUUGAUGUCACGGGUGAACAAACAUUCCACGAGUAGAAUAAAGCAUUCCACAGAAUACAUUAAACAUUCCAUAGCUCUCUGAAAAUCAUUUCAACCCUGGCGAACGAACAUUCCUCAGUUAGAAUAAAAUAUUCCACUGAUGUAGAGUAUUAACCAACCAAACUGCAUGUGUACCACUCUACAUCCAAUCAGUGCUUACAUGCUCUACACAAUCCCACCAUAUACCUUUUAGUAUUAGACAUUUCAAAUCAGUUUCAUCGUCAUUAUCGAGUGAACAAGUUUCAGAAACACACCUCUGCUUGCAAUUCAUAUGGCACAGAAGAUGUUUCACCUUCAACAUGUGGACUUUUCAACAGACCAGCUGCUCUCGAGUACGUUUCAAGAAAUGAAGGAUAUUCUUAACACUCAGCUUCAUUUGCACGAAACGAUGAUGCGAACAAGUGAGUUGUAUAAAACCACAUACACAGAGAUGUUCCAGAGAAUGAAGACUCUAGAACAGAAAUUCCCCUCGCUAUCGCCAGCUCUCAUGAGCUUGAUGUUGGAUUAUUCAAAAAUCUCUGCCACCACUCAGGAUAGUAAUUCAAGUAACAGAAAACGUCAGUCACCCAACAAGCGUGUUGCUAAAGCUAAGAAGCCAAGGAAAGUGAAGGAACAGAAAAGUGGCCAGAAGCAGAAGUCUCAAAAGAAGAAAUCCACUCCUCCUAUACAACCAAAGAACCUGGGAGAAGAUACUGAAGCAGUGUCAACUCCAUCCCUCACAACCCGACCCAUAACACCUACCACAGAACCUACUAUAGACGACUGGUGGUUGGAUUACACUCAUCUCAUGGAGGACAUAGAACAGCAAGAGAAACAAACCACAGACAUAACAGCUGUUGAUUCAUCCAGUGGAAUCAUGGAAGAUCUCUAUCAGGAAGAGAAACUUACUCCUCUUCAGAAAAGUUGCAGUGUAUGUCGUCACAACAAUAAGUUGCGUUACAUCAGUUGUAAUAGUGGACAAAUUCAGUGUCAUGUGUGUUGUAUGGAUCUCAUGAACUGUAUGUGCUACUAUGAUGAAGGCGACAUGAUGAAAGACAUGGUAUCGCGCCAGGACUUUGAAGGUCAUAUCCUAUCAGUGUAA